GCAACGUUUAGUUCAACUUGCCUCAAACUCAAAAUCGAACUACUUCUCCCCAAACCCGAUCCCAUCAACGGUGUGCCGUAUUCAUCGUCUUGCUUCAAGGACACCCUCAAUACCCCGAAUCAUACCUUGCCCGACACUGCUGAGUACAUCAAGGGAUAGAGCCGAUGUGCUGCAAGUGAGCACAUCUGGAGGCGCAUUCUCGAUAUCAAAAUACAUAUUACCCAAACUCUUUCGUCUUGAACCUCGUAUUACGCAGCACGUCAACGCAUGUCUGAGGCUGCGUGAUUCUUUCCUCCCUCAUUUGACGAGAUUUAACACUUAAAGCCUCGUACAGAGACGUACAACAGUGGCUCCAACAAACAUCACAACUAGGACCUUGUUGUUGAUGAGACGGCCGGCUCGGUUGAGACCUGACAGGGUAGCCCAGCCCGCCAUACAGACUGGAAUCUGAAGUUGUUUCUCCAACGUUCGACAAUCAAAAUCAGCUAUGGACUCGCCGUUCUUUGACGCGGAGCCUCAACCCAAGGCUGCGAGCUUUAAGGGGCGACUUCAGAUGCAAGACUUCAUGUUCACCCCGACAGGCGAACCGCCCAGCACCAGCAUUGGCAGUACUAUCACUGCCAACAACGUUUCUACAUCUCCCAGAGAUCCCCCGCGGCGGCCCCUCCGUCGUAGUCCGCGAAAGCAGACUCCACUCGGCCCCGUCCCGUCCCCGAACCGAGUCACCAAGCAGACGACCCGCGGCCGCACCAAAUCGCAAGCCCUCGAGUCCGCUUCAACAUCCAUCUCUCUCAAAUUCGAAGAAGCAGAAGAAGACUUACAAGACAUCUCCAACAAACCAAGCCCAAAGCCAGAGCCAACCGCAAAACCAAAAUCAAAACGCAAACGCAAGGCCGCCGGAGGCUACGCGCCACCCUCAACCUACGCCCACCUCCCCCACCUAACCGACAUUCUCGCACCAGACCUCCUCGUCCUCUUCGUCGGCCUCAACCCAGGCCUCCGCACCGCAGCCCUCGGCCACGUCUACGCCCACCCCUCCAAUCUCUUUUGGAAGCUCCUCUACUCCUCGGGCAUCACCCCGCGCCUCUGCGCCCCGACGGAGGACCGCGACCUGCCGGCGCUGUACGGGCUGGGCAACACCAACAUUGUCGCCCGCCCGAGCCGCAACGGCGCCGAGCUCUCCAAGGCGGAGAUGGACGAGGGCGUCGGGGCCCUCGAGGAGAAGGUCCGGGGCUGCAGACCCGAGGUCGUCUGUAUCGUGGGCAAGUCGAUCUGGGAGAGCAUCUGGCGGGUGAGGCACGGAAGGGGUAUCAAGAAGGAGGAGUUUCGGUACGGGUGGCAGGACGAGAGCGAGAACAUGGGUGUCGUUGUGAAGGCGGAGCAGGAUGAGGGGAUCGAAGGAGAUGGUGUAGAGGCGUUUCAGGCGUGGGCUGGCGCCAAGGUCUUUGUUGCUACAAGCACGAGCGGACUUGCUGCAUCGCUCCGCCCGGCUGAGAAGGAAAGGAUUUGGAGAGAGUUGGGUGUUUGGUGUGAGCGAAGACGGGCUGAAAGAGAGGCCGUAGCCGAAGCUUGAGUGCAGCGGUCAACAGCGUCCCCGACAGUCCGAGGCGGUAACAGCAAUUUUACAUCGUAGUUGGCGUUGAUGUUUUUCAAUGCGGACGCCGGC